AUGCAAUCACCUCCCCGGUCUGUACCCGAAGCCGUCGAAGCCUCUGCUGUUACUAUUGAAUCUGCGUCUCAUGUCGAAGGGUCCGUAGUAACCGUUGCUACUGCUGUCGAAGGCACUGUCGUUGCUGGCGCUUCUCAGCCUACCGUGGCCGAUGAUUCUUCUCAACCUGACCUGAAAACCACUGCAGUAUCUCCGGCUCCGGCUCCCUUUCUCCCUAGUCUUGGAGCGUGGGCAAAGCCAUUGAAGAUGUCUUUGCCUUCUUCUCCAUCAGCGUCGUCCAUACUACGGGAAGCUGGUUCGAGCUUCGUCCAAGACCAAGAUAACUCAGUCCCGUCCCACUCGCAAUCUCUCUCUGCAAGUCAAUGUGAAGUUCAUACCAAGAACCUAGCCACGCAGGCGUUCAACAAUAAGCCCGAUCUUGUUGUCGCAAAAGACGGCACAGGUAAUUUUAGGACCGUUAAAGAGGCGGUGGCGGCAGCGCCGGAAAAGAGCCAAAAACGAUUUAUCAUAUUCGUGAAAGAAGGUACAUACGAUGAAAUCGUCCAAAUCGGGGAGAAUAAAACAAACAUAACUAUCAUAGGCGACGGUGGUGACAAAACAAUUCUCACCGGAAGUUUGAAUUGGAAGGAUGGUACCAAAACAUUCGAUUCUGCAACCUUAGCCGUAGAUGGAGAUGGUUUUAUGGCACAGGGUAUCUGCAUCCAGAAUACGGCCGGACCGGCGAAGGAACAGGCCGUGGCUCUCCGAGUGAGUGGCGAUAUGUCAGUCUUCUACAAGUGUUGUAUUAAAGCGUAUCAAGACACGCUGUACGCUCACAAGAACAGACAAUUUUACCGUGAGUGUUUCAUCACCGGCACCGUCGAUUUCAUUUGUGGAAACGCGUUGGCUGUGUUCCAGCGCUGCCAAAUUGAGGCAAGAAAGCCGGGUGAGAACCAGAAGAAUAUGAUAACUGCUCAACAAUGCAAUGACAAAAGACAAAAGUCAGCAUUUUCAAUUCAAAGAUGCGAGAUAAAGGCAGCUCCUGAUCUUGCUCCGUUCAAAGGAAACGUAACGACGUUUCUAGGACGCCCUUGGGGAGUGCUCUCAACUGUAGUCAUUAUGCAAUCCUUCUUAGAUGACUUCAUUGAUCCAGCGGGAUGGGCUCCGUGGGAGUCCGAUAAAGAACCACGACUUUCCACGCUGUAUUAUGGGGAGUACGAAAACACAGGCCCUGAAAAGUUCACCGUAGGACAACUAAUACAAGGUCAUUUAUGGCUUCAAUCCACCGGAGUUCCCUACGAGGAAGGUCUCUGA